UCCCUUCUCCUCCUCGGUUCUCUCUCUCUCGUGAAUAUGGCCUUCUCUUUCCUCGCCUUCGAAUCCAUACUCGUCCUCUUUCUUGCGUUCCUUGUGUUCUUGAUUGCUCUGCUGAAGCUAUCAGCUAGAGAUGCCGAAAAGUUGCCUCCUGGCAGACAGGGGUGGCCUCUCGUGAGGGAGAAUAUUGGCUUCUUGUCAGCCCGUCGGCAUGGUGUUCUCCAUUUUUUUCAGCCAAGGAUCGCAAAGUACGGGAAGAUCUUCACCACUCACCUGUUCGGCAAGCGAAGCGUCGUCUCGGCCCAUGCCCACUUCAACAAGUGGGUUCUUCAGAACGAGGGAAGACUUUUCACGGCCAAGUACCCGAAGGGCUUGAGCGCGAUCAUCGGGAAAUACGGGAUGCUGUCCAUCCACGGCGACCUCCACCGGAAGCUCCACGGCGUCGCUGUCAGUCUCCUUAGCAUGGACAAGCUGAAGGCCCAUUUUCUAGCAGAGGUGGACUCCAUGAUCCGUUCCCGAGUAAACCAGUGGAUUGGAAAUGACAUUCUCCUUCAAGACGAGUGCCGAAAGAUGGUGCUGGAGCUCAUGUUGAAACAUCUACUGGGUUUGGAUCCAUCUGAAGACACAAAGGAGAUUGAAAGAGAAUUUCGGGACGUGACAGGCUCCGGCGUCGGGGUUCUACCUAUCCGGCUUCCGGGCACCAAGUUCUACAAAGCCAUCAAGGCAAGGGAAGCAUUGGUGGAAAGGAUGAAGAUGGAGAUCAAGAAGCGGGAAGAGGAUCCAAAAGCAUUCGGAGAGGAUCUUCUGUCAAGGUUGCUUAACGAUCAAGAGAGCCGCCUGCCAAAUGAGGUGGUCAUCGAUUUCGUCCUCUUUCUGGUGCAUGCCGGGCACCAUACUUCUGCAAGGGCCUUGGCCUUUGUUGUGAAGCACUUGACUGAAAAUCCCGAAGCUCUUCUGGAACUAAGAGAAGAACACGACGCCAUAGGGAAGAGCCGGAAUGGCGGUAGACUUACUUGGGAGGACUACAAAUCCAUGAAAUUUACUCGAUGGGUUAUCAAUGAGACGCUCAGGCUUGAAGUUGGAGCGAACAUGGUGGUCAGAGAGGCCAUGGAGAAUGUCCCAGUUGAAGGGUACGUGAUUCCCAAAGGCACCUGCGUCAUCCUCUUAAUAGAUGCUGUCCACAAGGAGAAGGACAACUAUGAAUCCCCCUUGGCUUUCAACCCGUGGAGAUGGCAAUCAGAUGAUCUCCAGAAGAAAUCAUCGACGGAUGGGAUAUUUACACCAUUUAGUGGAGGGCCAAGGCUAUGCCCUGGAGCACAAUUUGCUCAGAUGGAGAUCUCUGUCUUCCUUCACCAUUUGGUGACUAAUUGCAGAUGGGAGAAACUAACGGAGCAUCAAGUCAUCCGAAUCCCUGCCCCGACUUUUGCAGACGGAUUUCCAAUACAUGUGUAUCCAAGAGAAGCAUGAAAGAGAAGGAAGAUAAAGAACAAAAGUGGUGUCGAUCAUUUGAUCAUCAAAAUCACGAACAACACGUUCGAUUCCAUUGGCACAAUCUUAAUACAGGAUCAAACCGUAGAAGAACAUGCAAUUUGCAAAUAAUGUGCAAUGAGAUGGUUUCUAAUUCAACUGAGGCUUCAAAUGACAAUUAGAUUUUACUUUCAUAUUAAUUGCUUCUAGACCUUGACUCCAAUUUCCAUGAGAAUCGGUUGCCGAAAACAAGGCAGCGGCCUGAGG